GAGAACAGGAAACGGGUGGACACACCGGUACCUCCGUCGGGGGUCGCGUGUCCUUCGAAGAGGUGGCUGUGUAUUUCUCCAAGGGGGAGUGGAGCCUGCUGAGCCCAGCGCAGAGAGCCCUGUACAAGGAAGUCAUGCUGGAGAAUUUUGGGAACGUGGCCUCUGUGGGACCUGUGAUUCCCAAACCGGACCUCGUAUCCAGGUUGGAGGAAGAGGAGGAGCUGCUUAUCGGGUUCUCUGAUGAAGAAGAGGAAUUUGCAGAUGGUGUGUGGGAGGUGGCAACUGACUAUCCAGUGAUGGAAAGAGAAUUUAAGUAUUCAGAUGCAGAAGAGAGCUUUGAAUAUAGUGAUACAUGGAUCAUGGUGGACAGAACAAGCCAAGUAAAAGAGAGGGAAAUCUGUGAUGUUUUCCAAGGUGAUAAUUCUCAAGAAAUCCCACCCUCUCGAAAAAUAAAGAAAGGAGACAAGUGCCCAGGAAGUGUGGAAGGAUUUUCUGAAACAAGAGAUCCGACUUUGCAUUGGAACACCCAUAAUACAAGGGGAACAUUUAAAUACUGGGAGUGUGGACAAACCUUUGGACAGAAACAUACUCUAACUUCCCAUCAAACAAUUCACACAGGGGAGAAACCUUAUAAAUGCGUAGAGAGUGGGAAAAACUUCAGAUGGAGUAAACACCUUACUGCCCACCGAAGAAUUCACACAGGGGAGAAACCUUAUAAAUGCCCUGAGUGUGGAAAAGGCUUCACUAAGCGUGGAAACCUUACUGCCCAUCAUAGAAUUCACACAGGGGAGAAACCUUAUAAAUGCCUGGAGUGUGGAAAGUGCUUCAGUCAGAGUGGAAUACUUACUGUCCACCAAAGAAGUCAUACAGGGGAGAAGCCAUUUAAGUGUCUAGAAUGUGGGCAAUGCUUUAAAAGGAAGUGUGCUCUAACUACCCAUGUAAGAAUCCACACAAGGGAGAAACCUUAUAAAUGCCUGGAGUGUGGAAAAUGCUUCACUCAGAAUGGAAACCUUACUGCCCAUCGUAGAAUUCACACUGGGGAGAAACCUUAUAAAUGCCUGGAGUGUGGAAAAUGCUUCAGUGAGAGUGGAAAUCUUACUGUCCACCGAAGAAAUCACAUAGGGGAGAAACCAUAUAAGUGUCUAGAAUGUGGGCAAGGCUUUAAAUCGAAGGGUGCUCUAACUACUCAUGUAAGAAUCCACACAAGGGAGAAAGCUUAUAAAUGCCUGGAGUGUGGAAAAUGCUUCAGUGAGAGUGGAAAACUUACUGUCCACCAUAGAAUUCACACAGGGGAGAAACCUUACAAAUGCUUGGAGUGUGGAAAAGGCUUCACUCAGAAUGGAAACCUCACUGACCACCGAAGAAUUCAUACAGGGGAGAAACCUUAUAAAUGCCUGGAGUGUGGAAAAUGCUUCACUCAGAAUGGAAACUUUACUGCCCACCGAAGAACUCACACAGGGGAGAAACCUUAUAAAUGUCUCGAGUGUGGGAAAUGCUUCAGUGAGAGUGGAAAACUUGCUGUCCACCGAAGAAUUCACACAGGGGAGAAACCUUAUAAAUGCCUAGAGUGUGGAAAAUGCUUCAGUUGGAGUGGACAACUUUCUGACCACCGAAGAAUUCACACAGGGGAGAAACCUUACAAAUGCCUGGAGUGUGGAAAAGGCUUUAAAUCAAAGGGUGAUCUAACUACCCAUGUAAGAAUCCACACAAGGGAGAAACCUUACAAAUGCUUGGAGUGUGGAAGAGGCUUCACUCAGAAUGGAAACCUUACUGACCACCGAAGAAUUCACACAGGGGAGAAACCUUAUAAAUGCCUGGAGUGUGGAAAAUGCUUCACUCAGAACGGAAACCUUACUGCCCACCGAAGAACUCACACAGGGGAGAAACCUUAUAAAUGCCUGGAGUGUGGGAAAUGCUUCAGUGAGAGUGGAAAACUUACUGUUCACCAUAGAAUUCACACAGGGGAGAAACCUUAUAAAUGCCUGGAGUGUGGAAAAUGCUUCAGUUGGAGUGGAAGCCUUACUGCUCAUCAAACCAUUCACACAGGGGAGAAGCCAUAUAAUUGUCUAGAAUGUGGCCAAGGCUUUAAAAGGAAGUAUGAUCUAAGUAGCCAUGUAAGAAUCCAUACAGGGGAGAAACCGUAUAAAUGCCUGGAGUGUGGAAAAGGCUUCACUAAGAAUGGAAACCUUACUGCCCACCGAAGAAUUCACACAACCUGGAAGGACAUGACCCAUUGAUGAGCUGGUACUCAUAUCUCUGGUAUAAAAAAUGGGGAAAUCAUAAAUAUUUUAAAAAUCACUGGAUAAGGAAAGCACUAGUACUGGUCUGGGAAAGAAUAAGAUCUACUUUUUAUGAGAGAAUUCCCUUGUGGGUUUCCCCAAUUGAAGUUUUUCCCCAUCGAUGGUUGUUGUGGGUUUUCCGGGAUGUAUUGCUGUGGUCUUGGCAUUGUAGUUCCUGACGUUUCGCCAGCAGCUGUGGCUGGCAUCUUCAGAGGUGUAGCACCAAAAGACAGCGAUCUCUCAGUGUCACAGUAUUUAUACACACCCACACCCACACACAUACACACAGGGGAGAAACCAUACAAAUGCCUGGAGUGUGGAAAAGGCUUUACUCUGAAUGGAAACCUUAUUUCCCAUCGUAGAUUUCACACGGGGGAGAAACCAUAUAGGUGUCUAGAAUGUGGGCAAGGCUUUAAAUGGAAGUAUGAUCUAAGUACCCAUGUAAGAAUCCACACAAGGGAGAAACCAUACAAAUGCCUGGAGUGUGGGAAAAGGUUCAGUCAGAGUAGAAGCCUUACUGCCCACUGAAGUAUUCAUAGAGGGGAGAAAUCAUAUAAAGGCCUGGAGUGUGGGAAAAGCUUCAGAAAGAGUGAACAACUUACUGCCCACCGAAGAAUUAAUAAUAAUAAUAAUAAUAUUAAUAACAUUCGAUUUAUAUACCGCUCUUCAGGACAACUUAAUGCCCACUCAGAGCAGUUUACAAAGUGUUAUUAUUACCCCACAACAAUCACCCUGUGAAGUGGGUGGGGCUGAGAGAGCUCCAGAGAACUGUGACUUGCCCAAGGACACCCAGCUGGCUUCGUGGAGGAGUGGGGAAUCAAACCCGGCUCUCCAGAUUAGAGUCCCGUGCUCUUAACCACUACACCAAACUGGCUCUCAAAUGCUUAUGACAGGCCCAGGCCCAGGCCCAUAUCAGACCCCAAACACCAGCCACUGGGCCCUCCAGUUCGAACAGCGAACUUGCUAAACAACAGAGGAUUCAUGCAGAUGAGAAAGCAUAUCAAUGUCUGGAGUGUGGGAGAAGCUUCAGUCAAAAUCCAGCCCUUACUGCCCAUCAAAAAAUAGUUCACAGAACAGUUCUGCUUUCAAAUCCAUGAAAUCUUUUGGCAUUUUAUUCCCCAGUAAGUCCAAUUUACUGCUAAGAGGAUCACACAUCUUUUGAAUCACAUCUGGAGCUAGUGAAUGAUCCAGGGAUCGUUUUCGCCAUGUACCUUGAACCAUUUUUUAGUAAUUUAGCCAAUUAAAAUCAAAAUUUUUAAGAUUCAGAUUCAUGGGAAAAAAUUGAGUUGCUAUUUCCCUUAAAUCUAUAGGUGGUGAAUGAUACAAGAUCAAAGUUUUAUAAUGAGUUUUCUGUUGAAAUCUGACUUUUUUGUUGGGAAUGAUGGAUUGCCAGUUGGAAAGAAGUUUUAGAACUUUGUGUUUAUA